UAGGCGAAAUUUAGGGGUAACUUUUGUUUUUAAAUGCCCAAAGGCAGCAGCAGAGAUAUGGUCACACCUUGCCACUUCCAAACACAGACUUCGCAAACACAAAAACCACAACGGAGCCGAGGGAGUAAAAAAAGGCUACCAUGUCCCUCCUCUUCCUCGGGAGUUGUGAUUUCACCGACCGAGAUAAGAAGAAGAAGACCAGAAAAAAAAAGAUAAAAAAGAUAAUCAUCAAAGAGCUUAAACGGUCUGCUAUGGUGUAGAGCUUAAUUGGGAGCUGCUACAAUGAAGAAGAGAGGCCUUUUUUUCUAAAGUUCUUAGCUUUCGCCAUUGAAGAGGCUAAAAAAGCUUCAAUCUUUCUUUGAAAUCUUGAAAUACCCACUCUUGUUUUCGGAUCUAUGAUAAGAAUGCAGGAAAGAGGCGUUCUUGAAUCUCCUCUGUUCAAGAAACAGGGCGGGUUCGAACCCGUUUCUGUUCUGGAUACGAGGAGUCCCAGCCCGUCCACCACCUCCUCCUCUCUCGGCGGUCUAGCCGCUGCCGGCGGCGGCUUAAUGGGUUUUAAUCCCGGCGAAGAGUGGAUGGCGAUGAUGAUGACGGGGGAGAUUCACCCGGGACCUGCCUUUGUACCGGGUCGGGUCGAUGGAUCCGAAAGAUUUGGCCUUGGUCCUGAGGACUGGGAGUGUUUGCUGCCUGGAUCCGGCGUCGCCGACGCCGACGACUCUCUUCUCCGGUGGAUUUCCGGCGAAAUCGACGACCCAUCUCUGCAGGGUGGGAACCAGAUUCACUUCCAGAACAAUGUUGGAUUUGCAGAUGAGUUCUUCACUGCUCCAUCUUCUGAUAACAUCAACAAUGGCAAAUCUGGUCAAAAUGGUAUUUUCUCACCAACAAAUAUGUGGGAUUUGAACUCAGGUUUGAGCUUUCAACAAAACUUCAACCCCCACCCCCAAGAACCCAUUUUGUUCCAUCCAAACAAGGCCUUAUUUCCUCCAAGAAAACCCCCUUUUGACCCCAACGACGAGGCUAUAUUCGACCUUUUCUUCAAGGCUGGAGAGUUCAUCCUUUCUGGGCAGUUCUCGGACGCACAAAUGAUAUUGGCGCGGCUCAAUCACCAAAUUGCCCCUCUGCUCACCCCAUUACAGAGGGCUUCUUUUUACUUCAAGGAGGCUCUGGAUUUGUCCCUCGCCUUUCCCAAUUUACCCCCGGGCAUCCCGCCGUCUCCCGUCGACGGCGUGUUCAAGAUGUGCGCUUACAAGGUCUUUUCGGAGAUUUCACCCCUCGUCCCUUUCAUGAACUUCACUUCGAACCAGGCGAUUCUCGAGGCCGUUCUCGGGGACGACGACCGCCGGCGGAAGGGCAUUCACGUCAUUGACUUCGAUAUCGGCGUAGGGGCACAAUGGUCAUCUUUCAUGCGGGAGCUGAAAGGGAAGGCGCGGUUUCUGAAGAUAACGGCGUUUGCAUCUCCGUCGACCCACCAUCCCUUCGAGAUCGAACUGAUGCACGGCAACUUGACGGCGUUAGCUGACGAGGUCGGUGUCGGGUUCCAGCUCGAGGUGGUCAACAUUGACUCUUUUGACCCCGCCUCUCACCCGUUCGCCUCCUCCGAGAACGAGGUCAUUGCGGUAAAUUUGCCACUGUGGGCCCACCGCGAAAAACUCCCAAUGCUGCUCCACUACGUGAGACAGCUGUCACCGAAAAUCGUGGUGUCCCUCGAACGGGGAUACGAACGGACGGGCCUCACGCCGCCACGUCACCUCAUCCCCGCCGUCCGAUACUUCGAGACACUCUUUGCCAGCAUAGCCGCCGCCGCCAACGUCACCUCGGACGCGUCGAACAAGAUCGAGAGAUUCCUCUUCCGGCACGGCAUCCAGAGCGCUGCCGCCGCCGUCUUCCGGCAGGACCAGUCUCCGCCGCCGCCGUGGAGGACCCUCUUCGCGUCAGCUGGGUUCUCGCCGCUGCCGUGCAGCAGCUUUGCCGAGGCCCAGGCGGAGUGCGUCGUGAGGAUGGCGCCCGUCGGCGGGUUCCGCGUGGAGAGGCGCCACGUGUCGCUUUCGCUGAGCUGGCAAAACAAGGAGCUUUUGUCUGUUUCAUCUUGGAGGUGCUUAUGAUGAUUAUGUGAAGGAGAGAAGCUUAUUUAUGAAGUUAAAUGUUAUAAUCAUGAGAUAAGUGUUACUUAAUGAAUGCUAGUACUAUGU